UACUGUUAAGUCAUGUAUUGUACCACCAUCAAACAAAACAAGAGGAAUACAAAAAACAAAAUGGUGUUUGAUAGAUACGUUCUUUGUUCUUAAUUAGUGCAUAUAUGUGCACAUAUAUACCGUUUAAAAAGGUAAAUAUAGUUAAUAAUUGUUUGUACGUUAGUCUAAACGCAUUUUGACGCUUCUUGUGCUAGCUUAAUUUGCUAGUUAGCUUAGCUUGUUAGCUGCUAACAAAGAGACGCGGAAGUUAUCAACACAUCGCCAAGCAGAGAUGAAGUGUGAGUGUAAAGUGUUGUGAUUGUGUGAAAAUGUGCGAAAGAACGAUAGCAGGGUACGAGGAGGAACUUUGUCCAACAAAAGAGGAGAAGGAGCGACAACAUCAACUACUGGACGCUGUUUUCAAGAAACAUCAAGUUGUGUUACACAGAGCAGACGUCCAGGAGCACCCCCACAUUAAAGAGGAAGAUCCACAUUCCCCUUGUGUAAAAAAGGAGGAGGAGGAGCCACAGCCAUCACACAUUAAACAGGAAGAGGAGGAAGUGUGGAUCAGUCAGGAAGGAGAGUGUCUUCUCGGGCAGGACGAGGCUGAUCUCACCAAGUUUCCACUGACUGUUGUCUCUGUGAAGACUGAAGACCAUGAAGACAAACCACCUGAGUCCUCACAGCUUCAUCACAGUCCAAACAUCCAGCAGCUGGUUGGUCAUCAAGAAGAACAUCUCCCCCAGUCUCUGGAGGGUAGCUUCACUUUGAAACAGGAGGAGCCACAACCCCCCCACUUUAAAUAUGAAGAGGCGGAACUCGGGAUCACUCAGGAGGGAGAGAAGGCUGAUCUCACCAAGUUUCCACUAACUGUUGUCUCUGUGAAGACUGAAGACUAUGAAGACAAACCGCCUGAGUCCUCACAGCUUCAUCACAGUCCUAAAAUACAAGCGGUAGAAAAUGGAUGGAAAUAUUGUUACGGUGUGGUCGCAUAGUUAUGCGCGGAUCGUACUCCCAAGAUGCAGACGGAACUCCAGAUGUAGUGUACAGACAUCCAGCAGCCCUCCCACAUUGAAGAGGUUGAUCUACAUCUCCCUUGUGUAAAAGAGGAGGAGGCAGAGCCAUCCCACAUUAAAGAAGAGGAGGAGGAAGUGCGGAUCAGUCAGGAGGAAGAGUGUCUUCUCGGGCAGAAGGAGGCAGAUCUCACCAUGUUUCCACUGACUGUUGUCUCUGUGAAGACUGAAGACCAUGAAGACAAACCACCUGAGUCCUCACAGCGUCUUCACAGUCCAAGCUGCUGCUAUCUAAAGAGCUGCUCAGCCGUCCAUCGCCGCAGGGGGGUUUAAGCAGAGGCAGAGGUGUUACGAGCAAAAUUCAACUCCCAGGUGUUACUGGAGGAGAGAGGAAUGUCAGAGCGGCUAUCACCGUGAUGUCCUUGAGGGGAUGUUUUCAAAACAGCCUUCAUCUGUUGUGAGCAGCGUCAAGGCCAAUUGAGGGAGUCGAAUCGUAGAUAAGGAUUCUUGUUUUCCAAGUGACCAGGCCUGUCUGAUCUAAUCAUCCAUGUUGGCUUUCAAGUUGAUACAUUUUUGCAUUUUAGUAAGCCUUUCAGUGAUGUUGUCCAGCUUAUUAUUCAGUUCAGAAAUCGCCACAGUCUGUGUUCCCACCGCCCGACACAUGCCUCCCAAUGCGACGGGCAGCUUUUGGGCUUCUUGAACGGCUGCCAACGUCUUACGAAAUUGAUGAUACACCAAAGCAAUGCUCAGCCCAAUCAGCAGAUGCCCUGCGAUCACGGUUCCAAAUAGGUAGACGUCUUCCACAUUCUCGACAGGAAACACUGAGAGGCACAGGACUCUCCAUCUCUCCCACGAGUACUUCAGGUACGUUGCAACGAUCGUUCAGUCAGCUCCCCCGAACCUCUUUUCCUUAUCAAGAAGAUUUUUUCAAUUGAGUCGAGAGUCCAGCUUAUCAAUUCCAUGUAGGUGUACAUAUGCAGAUGCAGUUAAAAUAUAGAAGCAGUAUCAGUGGAAAGUAAUUAGAAUAUGCACAAGACAGGAAUCUGCAAUUUUACAAAUAACCACAAUAGUCAUAUUAUUUGAUAUGUGAUCAAUUGUACAGAGCAAGCAAAAAUAAAACACAGAAAAAAAGGAAAUGUUUUAUUUGUAUUUAUAUAUUUUUUUUAAUUGAAUUUUACAGAUAAAAUCACAUUUAACAGUCAUACUUUGCUCAUGCAAAGCCUUCAUACAAUCACACAUCCACUCAUACACACUCACAUGCACACUUGAGGAGAGAGGUGCACUUAAACUUUAACAACUCAAGGUUUACAGUAUAAACAUUAUUAGAAAAAAUACCCAGAUAUUGUAUAUAUAUAUAUAUCCAUCCAUCCCGCUCUGGCUCAGGAUCAGCAGGCUAUCCAGACCAUAGCAAGAUGGAUGAACAUUCCUCGGCAUCAAGGAUCUUCAGGAAGUGAUCACAAGAUCACCUCCCGAGGACCUCUCCACCGUUCACACUUAAAAAAGAAAAGGAAAGUCACAGAAGUUGAUCAGAUACAAAAUAAAAAGUCACAAAAAAAAAAAAAAAAAAAAAGCAAGUAAUGGCAAAGCCAUAUCAGGAGUAACAAAAAAACCCAAUAAUAGUAUAGGAUCAAUACAGAAAAUAAUAAAGAUAAUAAAAAAGGAAUACAACUACAAAAAAGAUGGCAGUUAUUUUUUGUUUUUUUCUUUUUUCCUUAAAUGUCUAAGUUCCAUCCAUCCAUCCAAUUUCUACCGCUUAUUCCCUUCGGGGUCGCGGGGAAAUGUCUAAGUUAUGAUUCAAUAUAUGUCAAUAAAGGUUUCCAGGUUAGUUCCCAUUUAUUCAUACUUGCAGAGUUUAUAAAUCAAAUUUUUUCAAGAGUCAUUGCAUUCACAAGUUCAUUUAGCCAGUUCCUGAAGUUGGGUGCAGAUGGGCUUUUCCAGUCUUUGAGAAUGAGUCUUUUGGCCAAAACCGUCCCGAGCAGCAACGCAGCUGUAAUAUAUUUUGGAAGUUUUUGUGUUUCUGAAGACCACCCAAACAAGAUUAUAUCCCUGUCAGGGACAAGUUUUCUCUGAUAUACCCCCGAGUAAAAAAAGAAAAUGCUGGACCAAAAUGAUUGAAUAAUUGGACAUUCCCAAAACGAAUGAGACAGUGAUCUUUCAGCAGAUUUACAUUUAUCACAAAGUGGAGAUGUAUCAGGAUAAAAUUUGUGUAAUAAGACUUUGGAGUAGUAAAAAUGAUGAAUCACUUUAAACUGUAUGAGCCUAAGUCUGCUGUUAAUUGAGCAAUUGUGAAUUUGAGAGAGUGUCCGUUCCCAUUGCUGUUUGGGUAUUGUUGUUCUUAGUUCUUGUUCCCAUGCUCUUUCAACACCGUCUGCUGACGUCAUGGGCAUAAUUAAGCAGCUGGCAAAUUUGGCGAUAAGCUUUUUACUUGUGGGUGAUAAAUUUAGUAAUUCUAGGAGAGGGUGUUUUUCAUUUACCAGCUGAGACUUUAAAAUGUUUUCUUUAAUACAUUUUUUUGCCUGCAAAUAGCAAAACCAACUGAAUUGGGACAAAUUGAAUUUAAUUCACAAUUGCUCAAAUGACGCAAGACUGUC